CUCGUGGACAUGCAAUGUCCUUGUCAUCCAAAUGGAAUCACACGGUCCUGUACUAUUCUUUUUAUACGGUGCAUGGUUUAUUUGAAAUAAUUAAUUGAAAAAUAGACAACCAGGGUCUUUGUUUAAUGAAACAGAGUCACACAGAGCGCGACGCGUUAAGUGCAAUUCUGAUUGGGUUUUCAUUUAUGCGCUGACGCGCCGCGCACUGUAACACUCGACGCUCUCAGUGAGACUGGUCUCUUGUUUUGCCCCUACACUACAAAGCUACAAAUAAAGCGCGACUGAUGCGCAUUCGUCCAAUAUAUUAUAUAUAAUAAUAUAUAUAAUAAUAAAUAGACGUAUCUGGACAUUUUUCAAUUAUUAGAAACAAUGCAUUGUAGAAAUAAAAUUCCACAAGACUUUUUCACUCCAUUUUCAAGGCUAGCAAUGUGUAAAUCGUACGAAUUCUAUUGCACUCUGUAUAUCGCAAUAAAAUGAAAAAAUAGGUAUUACAACGAUGUUACAUUAAAACAAAAUAAACUAGCGGUGUUCUUUUAGAGGAACGAACUGUUAAUAUAUAAUUCGUUAACAAUUCAUAAGAUAUUAUCUACGAUAUGAGAUAAGCGAUAUUUUUUCGAGUUAAGAGCAGGUUUACAGGACCUUGAAAUUAACGCCGCGGAAGUCUGGUUGCGUUUAGUAUCAUCAGAUUACAUCGGAGAGGAUGGCAGUAAUUAAAUUUCCCACGUGCACAACAUUCAGAACAUGUCGGAGAAACUUAUGCUGGGCAAAGCAAUGGGACUCAGAAAGUGAGAAAAUUCCGUUUCGUAUGGCAGAGUAUUUAUGGCAUUAUUGGAAUAAAAAUAUUUAUGUGACAUAGGAAUAAUUACAAUGAUAUCGACAAUAUUAUACACGAUGAUCAGCGAUCAGCGGCCCAGAAUAAUACCUUAGCAACCAGAAUCCUGAAUCAAUGAUUACGAUGAGAUUAUUGAUAUAACAAACCUCCUGACAACCAGCAGAGCAUCACAAAUUUAGUUUAUCGUGGAAAAUGAACUUGGAUUAAUAAACCCGGACUAUCGUCGGACGGUAUAAAGUGUAGAGUAUAAAAGUGCUUAAAGUACUUUGGCAAUUUAACGAAGACUUAGAAGUCAUUGUAAGAAUGGCAAAAGGCAAGGGAAAGAAGAAGGGAAAAAAUGGUAGCGGCUCGAAAAAAACGUCUCGUGGCUCGAAAAGCGCAGGGAAAGCACGAUUUGCCAUGGAUAUAUUUAACGAAGAAGUCAUGGAGAAUGCUUAUUAUCUUUGUCAUAACAUCAUGGAUGUGCUCUCUUGUCGUGGCUUCCCCUGGCCAGACGCUCAAAAGAAGAAGAAGAAAGGGAAGAAAUAAGGGAACGAUGCCAUACGUUCUCAGCACCUUAAUAAAGAUAAUAAAGACAA